AUGACCGACAACAUCAAUGAGCUGCCCAAGGAGCUGAACCCAGCUCAACUACAGAGUAGGUUUAUUGCCCUAGCUCAGGUUGGGAUCAAUUACUUCGGUCAAUCGGCGGAGUUGAAGGGCUGCAUCAACGAUGCCCGCAAUGUCACGCGUUACCUCCAGCAGCUUUAUGGAUACCGAGAGGAAGACAUCGUUCUCUUGACAGAUGACGCUCAGAACCCCCGUCAGAUCCCGACCAGGGACAACAUCAUGAGUCUGCUGGUUGUAUCCAUGCAAUGGCUAGUACGCAACGUGCAACCUAAUGACUCCCGUUUCUUCCACUACUCCGGGCACGGUGGACAAACCAAAGAUCUGGACGGCGAUGAGGCAGAUGGCUACGACGAAGUCAGUUAUCCCGUUGACUUUCAGCAAGCAGGUCACCUCGUAGACGAUACGAUGCAUGAGACUAUGGUUCGACCUUUUCCCGCAGGUUGCCGCUCGACCGCGAUAUUCGACGUAUGUUCAGAAUCGUGCUUGGUGCUGAGCUAUGCCUCUGACAUUUAUCUUCAUGUAGUCUUGUCACUCGGGCUCGGUUCUCGGUGA